UUUUCAAUAACUUUACAUGAGAAAGAACAUAUAUAGUGGUAGGCAUUGCUACCUCUUUCGAUUAAUGUAUCCCUAACACGUCUGCAGCAAUAUUGAAGUGAGCAGUGUCAAAUAAACUGACAGUUUCAAUAUAUAUUUAAUAUUGAGGAGAAUUUAAAUUUUAAAACUCAACGCUAAAAUGGGUUCCCAAGAAAUGAAAAUGCUUCUUAAUGACAAAGUACUGGACCACUGGAAUGAAGUGCCUGAUACACCGUCAGAAUCUCAAGGAACUCCAACUGAGGGUGUAACAGAUGAUGAGAAAUGGGUAUCAGCGAUGGAAUCACAUCUCGACAAUGAAGAACCAGAUCAAUCGGAAACAGAUGUCACUCAGCUUUCAUCUGAAUCUCAAGAAACCCUUUCUAAACUUGAGAUAGAACAGAAAGAUAAAGAUGGUCCCGAAAGUGGAUCCCUUAUCGACAUCCAAAAAGAGAAGCAAUUCGAAUCAAAUUUUGUCGAUAUUCCAAUUGCAGUGAAGUACUAUUUUGACGAAAAUACACCUAUCCAGACUAAUAGUGCCAAUGAACCACGUGAGACUCCAAAUAAACCAUCUAUAGAAAAUGACGAAACUAUUUCGGAACUAAAGUUAGAAUACAAUGACACAGAACCAAAUGAACCUCUGGCUGAAAAUCUUCUAAAUAACUUAAGUGCAGUCAACUCCAUAAAUAAAUUGGAAGAGACAUCCAAAUUCGCUGGUGAGGACAAAGGAGCCACUGAAGUUACUCAGCUUUUAACUGAACCUAAGAAAAUUCCAUCUGAAAAAGUUCAACAAGGCGAUAAGUGUGUUACAAAAUUCGAAACACAGUACCAGAAAAAAAAAUCAAAACAAAAAAGAAAUGUUAUAAACGAUGCAAAAGUUGAUGUUCAGAAGACACAAUUAGACUUCGUUUCAAAGAUGGAUUCAUACAUCAACAAAAAACAACAAAAUCAUUCUAAACCUAAUGUCAGUCUCCCACCAAUCCAGUCUCGGGGAACACUUGUUGAACCUAACGCAAAGACGGACAUGAAAGUGCGGUUCAAUAAGUUUAAACCAGAUACAUUUGAACGUAAUAUUGCUAACAAGUCUGCAAACGCCAAUAAAAAUAAUGAACACUAUUCAGGAAAUAAACAGCGAUACGAUAAGAAAAAAUCAAACCAAUACAAAUCGAAAGUCUCCCAAUCAAAUAACAAUAAUAAUAAUAAUCAAAUUCCAUCAAAAAUCUCACCAAAGCCUAACAACAACUAUAAUUCAAGAAUGAAAUCUCAUAGAAAGAAGAGAUCCAAAUCUGACGUCGCUUAUCCACCAAAUGAACCAGUGAAAAAUCUACCGGAAAUUCAGACAGAACCUAAUAAAGCGGGAAAAUCGCGUUUCGAGAAAAAGAAAUUCAAUCAAGGCAAACCUAAAGUCACUCCAGUGGUUAAAACUCAGGAAAUUCCAUCUGAACUCGCCGUUGAGAUAGACAAAUGGGUUUCCGGAAUGAAAUUACCUAAUGACAACAAAAACACUAAACAAUACGAGUUCGAAUUUCCAUACCCGAUAAACGAUUCCCAAGGAAUUCCGCCUGAGCUAGCUUCGCAAAUCGAUAAAUGGGUUUCGGGUAUAAAAAUACCAGUGGAGAAGAAAAAACUUAAUCCACCUGUCACAUUUCCACCGAUAGGAUGUCGGGCGACUUCUUGUGUGGCAACUACCACAGAAACUGACAAGCGGGUUACAAACGUAAAGUGGUACAACGAUACAAAUAAAGUGACCCCACCCCAGUUCGGUUUCAUUUAUCCACCGAACGCUUCGCACGUAUUUCCACAACAAUUCCCGCCGAACACGGGCAAAUGGAUUCCGGGAAUGGAAUGGCAAUUUCAACACAGAGAACCGAGGCAAAUGUUUUAUAAUUUCCCGCAACCACCGGUGGCACCUGGUUGGGUGGUGGGAAUGGAGACACCUUUUAACCACAAUGCGCAAUACGUAUACAACCAUAAUAUGGCUCAAUUUCACAAUGGAUUCCCGAGAGGACCUCCCCAACCACAAUCAGUUCCGAACUACUUGGUACCCGAGUACAUCUUAAGUGAUCCCGUCAGGCUAAGACUCCCAAUGAUGGACUUAGGUCGAUACCAAGACGAUUUACUUUUCUAUUUGUUCUACCUAGACGUUGAUAAUCUACAAAUCGAAGUGGCAGAAGAGCUUUAUAAUAGAGGAUGGAGAUGCCACAUGGAAGAAAAAGUUUGGAUAACUGCAAUACCUGGUAUGGUACCGUUUGACAAAACUUUUAUAUACGAAAGAGGCAUGUAUUAUUUCUUCGAUGUUGAAGACUGGAGAAUCGUUGCAAAAGUAUUUCACUUGGAUUAUAGCAAAAUGGGAGGAUGGCCAAGAGACAAUUAAUUAAUUAUUUAUUAUUUACAUUUUGUUUCAAUUAUUUUAAGUUGAAUAUAAUACAACCCUCUAUGUAUUAAAUUCAAAAUGAUAUAGAGUAUUUGGCACCAAUUCUUAUGUAUUUGUAAAUUUACUGUUUUAUUUUAAUAAAUAAAUACCCUAUACGAUCUAUA